ACAACAACUAGUUCCGGGAAUCAGCUGUAGCAGUUAGCCCCUGUCUCUCUCAGCUAGUGUGUAUUUACAGUUAUUAAUGAUUAGCUAGAAAUAGAAAACUUCGCACGUUGUUUAUUGAUUAGCCGAGUGGAUUGCAAAAUUAUUACCACAGCAAAGGUUGUUUCUGAGUUAGCUUAGCGUGCUAGCGUGCUAAUGCUAGGCUCUGGAGUGCUGUGUUUACACGGAUAGUUUGGCUACUUCCUGAUUAUUUACUUUAAAGAAACGUUGUGACACUUCUGAAGGUUUGAGGAAAAAAACAGAAUUAACACUUAUUUACAUCCUUUGGUGAGAAUGUGAGGAAAUCGAAUGAUUAUUAUUGCUGUGAGUUGAGAUAUAAACCACGAGCCUGAAGAUGCCUGGAGUGGCUACAGGAGUGAAGGAGCUUUACCUCUGCACCUCACUGGGAGAGCUGAACAAAAAGGCUGAGAUCAAGUUGGAUAAAGCCAGCACCAAGCACUAUGUUCAGAGUGCGUGUAAGCUCUUUAAAGCGGCAGAGGAGUGCCGUCUGGACAGAGAUGAGGAAAAAGCCUAUGUCCUCUACAUGAAGUACCUGACCGUGUACGACCUCAUUAAGAAGAGGCCGGACUUCAAGCAGCAACAGGAUUUCUUCAUGUCCAUGCUCGGGCCAUCCAGCUUUAAGAAGGCCAUCGAGGAGGCGGAGAAACUCUCUGAGAGUCUGAAGUUCAGGUAUGAAGAGGAGGAAGUACGGAAGAAGCUGGAGGAACGAGAGAAGAGAGAGGAAAAGGAGAGACGAGAGCAGAAAGCAGAAAAGGACAAAGGACGAGCGUCGCCCAAAACCCCAGAGUACAGAAAGGACAGCAAAAAGGCUAAAGAACAGAACGAGCUGAAGACUGUAAACUCACCAGCGCCCCUGAGUGGAGGGAUUAGUGCUCAGCAGUUGUACACUAUGAUGAAGGACCCUACCCUGACUGUGUUAGUGAUGGACACUCGAAAACAAGCGGACUUUGAGGAGUCACACAUGGCGGUGCCCAAUCAAAAGUGCAUCAGUGUUCCUGAGGAGGCCGUCAGUCCCGGGAUCACAGUGAAUCAGAUCCUGAUGAAGCUGCCAUCAGAGUCUCUGCCUCAGUGGGAGCAGCGUGCCUUUGCUGAUUAUAUUGUCCUGCUCGACUGGUUCAGCUCCAUAACGGACCUGAAACUGGGCACGACUUUACAGAGCCUGAAGGAUGCACUAUACAAGUGGGACAGUGUGACGAUCCUGCGCACGGAGCCUCAGGUUCUAGAGGGAGGCUAUGAAAACUGGCUUCUUUAUUAUCCAAUGUUCACCAGCAACGCUAAGAUCAGACCUCCACGCCAACACACACUCACCCUGGUACCAGAGUUGAACUUCAGCUAUCCAUGUCUGGAGGAGACUCCGCCCAUACCUGCAAGUGUGUCUGUGACGGAUGGUGUGGAAGAUGUACAGACUAAUGGCACUGUAGAUGUGGACACAAACGGCAAAACCGCUGCCCCUGAUAUACACACUCCCUCUCCAACCACACAGCCCACGCACACGCCCACACCAAGCGUGUCCAGUGUUCCAAGUCCAAAGCAGCCUGCAGUUACAGCAAAGACUAUUCCACAGUUCGAUCGAUCCACCAAGCCAGUGGUUAAACCCUCAGAAGGUGGAAAACCGACCCCUGAGGGUGGAGCCAAAGAAGAUAUAUCCAAAGAAGGUGAGGCUAAAGGCGGGCCCGUUUCCACAGUGACCAACGGCCCUGUGAUUCCGGAUCGUUCAGUCAAGCCAAACCUGGAGGAAAAGAAAGGGAAAGAGGAAGAGGAGAAACGACAGAGAGAAGAGGAGGAGAAGAAGAACGAAGAGGAGGAGAAGGAGAAGAGGAGGAAACUGGAGCGCCAGAAGGCAGAGGAAGAGGAGGAGAAAGCGGAGGGAGGAGAUGAGAAAGGAAAGAGAGUGGUGAAGGAUCAGGCGCUGGACGCUCAGCUCAAGAGCAUGUCUCUGGAUUCUCCUCUGCCCCACACUAUUGUCUCAGAUUUAAAGCGGGAACCUCUAACCCGUGCCCGGAGUGAGGAAAUAGGAAGAGUGGUGCCUGGUCUACCUGAGGGCUGGAUGAAGUUCCUGGACACGGUCACCGGGACGUAUCGGUAUUAUCACUCCCCCACCAAUCGUGUGCACCUUUACCCCCCUGUCACGCCCCCUGCCACGCCUCCGGCCACUCCCUCUAAGCCCAAGCCCAGCGCUGGAACGACAGAGAAGGAGAAGGAAAAAGAGAAGGAGCAAGAGAGGGAGAGAGAGCGAGAACAGUCCAAACUGAAGCGCUCGUAUUCCUCCCCUGAUAUCACCCAGGAUCUGAACGCAGAGGCAGCCAGAAAACCCACACCUACACCCACAGUGAACAGAGAAACCAAACCCGUGGCUGCCACUUCCUACGCUAAAGCUGAGCUCGCUCGUCCAUCCGCCGCUAAGAUCCGGACCAUGAACCCAGUGUUUGGUGGAUUGGGUCCGUGUCUAACAGGCCUCCGGAAUUUAGGGAACACCUGCUACAUGAACUCAAUCCUGCAGUGUUUGAGUAACACCCCGUUCAUGGCCGAAUAUUUCAACAGGAACCGCUACCAGGAUGACAUCAACAAAUCUAACAUCCUGGGCCAUAAGGGCGAGGUGGCCGAGGAGUUUGGUGCGAUUAUGAAAGCUCUGUGGUCGGGUCAGUUUAAGUUCAUCAGCCCUCGAGACUUUAAAAUCACCAUCGGUAAAAUUAACGACCAGUUCUCUGGCUACGAGCAGCAGGACUCUCAGGAACUUCUACUGUUCCUGAUGGACGGCUUACAUGAGGACCUCAACAAGGCGGAUAACCGUAAGCGAUGGAAGGAUGAGGCGUGUGAUACGAUGGAUGAUGUCAGCGCGGCGGAUGGGGCGUGGCAGAAGCACAAGCUGCUGAACGAAUCGAUCAUCGUGUCUCUGUUCCAGGGUCAGUUCAAGUCCACGCUGCAGUGUCUGACAUGCCACCAUCGCUCUCGCACCUUCGAGACCUUCAUGUACCUGUCACUGCCACUCGCAUCAUCCUAUAAGUGCUCUCUGCAGGAGUGUUUGAAGGUCUUCUCUAAGGAGGAGAAGCUGACGGACAAUAAUAAGGUGUUCUGCCCUCACUGUAAAGCUCAGAGGGAAUUCACCAAGAAGCUGGAGAUCUGGAAGGUUCCGCCCAUCCUGCUUGUACACUUAAAGCGGUUCUGGUAUGAGGGCCGGUGGAAGCAGAAGCUCCAGACCUCAGUGGAUUUCCCGCUGGAGAAUUUGGACCUGUCCCAAUACGUCAUCGGGCCAAAAACCAGCCUAAAGAGAUACAACCUGUACGCCGUGUCUAAUCAUUACGGGGGUCUGGACGGAGGUCACUACACGGCGUACUGUAGAAACGCGGCUCGACAGAACUGGUUUAAAUUCGAUGAUCACGAGGUGUCAGAAAUCUCCACCUCUUCAGUCAAGUCCUCCGCUGCCUACAUCUUCUUCUACUCAUCUCUCUGAGGCCACACCCACCCGGACCAACACCACGCCCGAGUCCUGACUGACCCGAGAGCCAUCAGAGCUGAUGUGGGUGGAGCUUAAAGGCCCAACUGAAGAAACUGAUGGAGGGGGUUUUAGUGAGAAUGUGAAAGAUGUCAAAGUCCCUCUCUCUCUCUCUCUCUCUCUCUCUCCCUCUCUCUCUCUCUCCCUCUCUCUCUCUCUCUCUCUCUCUCUCUCUCCCCCCCUGUCUCUCUCUCUCCCUCUCUCUCUCUCUCUCCCUGUCUCUCCCUCCCUCUCUCUCUCUCUCUCCCUGUCUCUCUCUCUCUCUCUCUCUCUCUCUCUUUCUCUCUCUCUCUCUCUCUCUCCCUCCCUGUCUCUCUCUCUCUCUCUCUCUCUCUCUCCCUGUCUCUCUCUCUCUCUCUCUCUCUCUCCCUGUCUCUCUCUCUCUCUCUCCCCCCCCUGUCUCUCUCUCUCUCUCUCCCUGUCUCUCUCUCUCUCUCCGUCUCUCUCUCUCUCUCUCUCUCUCUCUCUCUCUCUCUCUCUCUCUCUCUCCAUAGUGAAAUCUGUUAUUCCUGACUGUACUAGAAGGGGGCGGAGCUUUCUCCCUGCCCGCCAUUGUUCUGCCUCUGGACACUAAUGACGUUUGGGACACAACCGAGCGCGGUUUGAGCUUCCGCUUUUAAGAACGACCUCGCGAGCUCAUGGAGAUGUGUCUUGUCCUUUUUUUUUCUUCUUUUUUUUCUUUUUUUUGUGGAAAUUUACCUUUAAAGUGACCAAGUCCUCCCCAAGAGUGAACGAGUCGCCUGUCUGUCUUUCAUCGCACUGAUCCAGUCUUUGUCAUUUCCAUACUUUGUCAGUGAUCUUAAUAUUGGCCCGAGUCCCAAAUGACCUCUCCAUUUCCUGCUUCCUUGUAUAGGUGCCCUACCUAGGGGAUGUAUUAUUAUUAACAAUAUUAACACUUAUCCUUUGCACUACAUGUACAACUGGGAGCCAUUUUUAAUUCUCUAUUUAUCUAUUGACCCCUACACUCUUUGUAGUGCACUAUAUGUCCAGUAGGGGGAGAUUUGAGAUGCUAUUCCCUAAUUCAGACCUGCCAACCUUCACAAAAAAAAAAAGUAACAUCAGAGGACAAGUCAGAUACACUUUUCAGAGUAUUUAUUGAUCAGACGUGCCCCCCCCCCCCCAGCAUAUGAAUCAGGAAUGACUGACAGUUGCGUAGGUGUUUUGAACUCUGAUGUUAUCUGACCCCCCUGGAAGCUCUGCCCCCCCCCCC